AUGGCUACAUCGGCGGUGAGGAUGUCCAGCGCUGGCUCCAUCGAAAUGUCCAGUCUACAGCUAUCACCCACCCGAUCCAUACCUACCACUGCAACUGCAACUCCAAUUUCCUCUCGGAGCCCUGAUAACCACGAUGAGAGGAGGGUCGCGGCGGCGGUUGAUAGUGUUGAUCAUGUUGAAGUAUCCGUUAUUGAUCUCAAGGAUAAAGGGACUAGGGAUAACAAUACGGAGGCUGGACCUAUGGGAAUGUUCUUGGAUUUUAUCGGGAUCCUUUGUGCUCUUGCUGCGGGUGCUGCUCAGCCACUCAUGGCACUCCUCUUCGGGAACCUAACGAACAAUUUCGUCAAUUUCGGUAAAAAGUAG